AAACCCAUCGCUAAUUCACCUACCUACACCCCAUUAAUCCCCGGAGACUCAACUUUCAGCAGCCAUGUCAAACUAGGAGCACCCGUUGGUGAUCACAGCAUACGAUUAUAAUCUUCGGAUUGCAGCAGUCACGAACGCGAGAAGGCAACGAGAAAGCCUCGCGGUCUAUCACACGCAAAUUGAGUACUUGCUGCUGAGCAUCCGACUAGUACCCCGAGCCUUCUCACGGACUCCACAGAGAAUCAGGCUGUAUCGGGAGUUCAACUACCCGACAACUAUCGACGAAUUGCAAGAGCGGCUGUAGAAUAGACUGGCCCGCAUUUGUUACAGAAUGGCUGCUCAAGCUGCUCGUGGCAAGAAGGCUCUGGAGGCUGGCAAUUACGAAGAGGCCAUCAAGGAGUACACGGACGCCAUCAAGGAAUCGCCUACUUCGCCCGAGUUCUACACCCAGCGAUCGGUUGCCAAUCAGAGAGCAGGCCACCUCGAGGAAUCUCUCGCAGAUGCUGAGUCUGCGGUACUGAAAGCUUUGUCUCGAGCGAAGAAGGAGGCCAUCACAGAAGCUCAAUUCCGUCGUGGUGUAGCUCUGUACAAACUUGGUCGGCUUGGCGAUGCGGAGUUUAUCCUAAACCUGGUCAAGCAGCGUGAUGACAAGCACAAGCAAGCCGACAUGUGGAUCAACAAGACAAAGAUGGAUCUGGCAAAGCUUGGGCAAGGCGACGAGAAGCAAAAGGUGACUGUGACCGAGAAACCAAGUCAGCCAGCCACCACGACCACGACCACGUCUACGUCCACUACAGUUGCUGUGCCAUCUACAGCACCAGAGCGGACUCCAGCAGAUAAGAUUCGAUACGACUGGUAUCAAAACACCGAGAAAGUGUACUUCACACUCAUGGCGAAGGGUGUGCCCGAGGACAAGUGCGUCGUUGACAUUACCGAGCGCUCGUUCAGCAUCUCCUUCCCAACGGGCGCUGACUCCAACUACGAUCUGCACAUCGAGCCACUCUUUGCAUCUGUUCACUCAGAUAAGUGCACCACUCGCGUUCUGCCUAGCAAGGUGGAAAUCACCCUUGUUAAGGCACAGCCAGGUCAAAAGUGGCACAAGCUGGAGAGCGACGAACCCGUCCCGGAUUCGAAGAAAGUCGACAGUGUUGCUGACUCGGACGCUAAGAAUGCCGAUCCUGUCAAGCGUGCCGUCUUGUCAGACUCCAGUCGUGGACCAGCGUAUCCUACCUCUUCGAAGAAGGGCCCCAAAGACUGGGACAAGGUCGCCAAGGAGGCAAUGCCAACCAGCGGCAAGCCUGGCGCGGCCGAAGACGACGAUGAUUACGAGGGAGGAGAUGAAGCCAAUCACUUCUUCAAGAAGCUCUUCAAAGGAGCGAGCCCAGAGAUGCAGCGUGCCAUGAUGAAGUCCUACACCGAGUCCAACGGCACCGCUCUGUCCACCAAUUGGGACGAAGUGUCCAAAGGCCCAGUCGAAACCACUCCGCCAGAUGGGAUGGAGGCUAAGCCGUGGAAGUAGCGGUAGCGUCAGGGAUUCAGCGUCUCACUCUGUCGACUAUGGCCGGUGAACCGGAUGUCCAGAGAGGUGCUCUCCCGAGCUGGGAUUUUGUCUUUGUCGAUUAUUUGUCGAUUAGCGCGGAGUAAGGUGUACUUUCCAGCAAAGCGUCACUCUUUGUAAGUAGCAUGGCAAGCCACGAUAGUCAGCAAGUUAAUAAUACACGUUUGUUGUCAUGGCUCCGCCCGCGGGGAGAGAGUUGACUUGCCAAGAAUUACGCGCUGCAUACACGGGCGGCCUGGAGCGCUGGAGAUAGCCAACCUCACCCUCAAACAUACCAGGUAUUAGGAGUAGGAGGCGGGAACGACUGCGACAGCGUCCGCCAACGUCACCACGUGGCAAAUGGCAGAUCACUGUCUAGGAGGAGGUAUCGUUGAGUUUGUUGAGGAGUGUCCUUAGGAGGUACCUCCUACCUCCUAGAAGGGUAUAUGUUCUUUUUCCCGAGGCGACGGACGAUGUCAUUGGUACUACCUCCUCCUUUCGACGUCAUGUCUCACUGACUGCUAAGAGGUGGAUUGGAAAUCGAAGCUCUCCGCUGCCUUUAACACUGUAUAUCCUCUCGCGUCUCGCACACGGCCUGAACCAAUGCGACCAUCACCGUCACUUCUCACCAGCGCAGCAUCAUCCACAAUUAUCCUCAAUCUCUUAACAUGGCCGGCGAAACCAAGUUCGAAGGCUGGUGCGGCCUUGACGAAGACUCGGUCAAUGGCAACAUGAAAUGGCAGACGUAUGCAGCCAAAACGUGGGAGGAGACUGAUGUCGACAUUGAAAUCAGUCACUGUGGUGUCUGCGGUUCCGAUCUUCACACCCUGCGUUCAGGCUGGGGCGAAACACCGUACCCUGCCGUUGUGGGACACGAGAUUGUCGGCAAAGCCAUCCGUGUUGGUAAGAAUGCCAAAACUGCCGCUGGCAAGCCCAUCAAAGAGGGCGACCGGAUUGGCGUGGGAGCGCAAUGCAAAUCUUGCCUCAAGCCGGAUUGUGAGCAAUGCUCCGAGGGCAUUGAGAAUCAUUGUACAAACGACUUUGUGCAGACUUAUGGUGCCAAGUAUCAGAAUGGUGACACGGCUCAGGGAGGUUACGCCAAGUACUGGAGAGGCAAUUCACACUUUGUCUUCCAUAUUCCCGACGCUAUCCCCAGUGAGAUGGCUGCGCCGAUGCUGUGCGGUGGUGUUACGACGUACAGUCCUCUGAAGCAGAACGGUUGUGGACCUGGGAAGAAAGUUGGAGUCAUUGGUAUUGGUGGUCUCGGCCACUUCGGUCUCCUCUGGGCCAAAGCCCUCGGCGCAGACAAAGUCGUCGCCAUCUCCCGCACACGCUCCAAAGAAUCCGACGCCCGCAAACUCGGCGCCGACGACUUCAUCGCCACGAGCGAAGACGGUUGGGAGCAAAAACACUCCAACUCCCUCGACCUCAUCAUCAGUUCCGUCUCCUCACCCAAAAUGCCUUUGGAAGGUUAUCUCUCUUUACUCGCCUUCCAAGGACGAUAUAUUCAACUCGGAAUGCCGGAAAAUCCUUUGCCGAAUUUUAGUGCGGCUGCGUUGGUCAUGAAGCGGGCUACUAUGGGUGGAAGUUUGAUUGGCGCACCACAUGAAAUUGAGGACAUGUUGGAGCUUGCUGCUGAGAAGAAGGUUCAGGCGUGGAUUAAUUUGAGACCUAUGAAGGAGGCGAAUCAGGCGAUUGUGGAUUUUGAGGCUGGGAAGCCGAGGUAUAGGAUUUGUUUGGUUAAUUAGAGACUUUUUUUUGAAGGAAGGGAGGGAGGGGGGAGAUGAAAAGUUUUUUCUAAUGUAGAAAACAGUGAAUGAUGAAAAGAUGUUUGUG